GCAGUUCGAUUAGUUCGCUCAAAUCGGUUGUGCAAGAUGAAAUCCCUAGCAGUGCUUGCAGUUCUCGUGGCCGCCGUUUCGGCUUCCAUCAUCCCGGACCGUGACCAGCGGGUCAUUGGUGGAAACACCGCUGACCUUGGUCAGUUCCCGUAUGCCGUUGGAUUGAUCACCCGUAUCAACAUCCUGCUCUCUGGUCAGUGCUCUGGAUCUUUGAUUUCCGCUAACUUCAUCCUCACCUCGGCUAGCUGCGUCAGCGGCAUCCAGAGUGCCGUUGCCGUCAUGGGAGGUCUUGCCAUUAACAACCCAACCGAACCGGGACAGGUUCGCAUGACUGUGACUCAAUUCGUUGUCCACUCUGGAUUCGAAGAGAACGGUGAAGUUUUCGAUGUCGCUCUAGCUCGUCUUCCAUCAGCUGUGUCCUUCAGCGACAACAUACGUCCGGUGCGUCUGCCGAACCGUCGCCAGGUUGACAACCUGUUUACAAACCAGCAGGGCACGUUCAUCGGCUGGGGACGAUUCGGUGAGGGAACCACGAACUCUGAGGUGCUGCGUUUUGGACGGUCUACCGUUAUCUCCAACCUGGCCUGCCGUUUGAGCUUGCCCACCAACACAAUUCUGGAUGAGAAUAUUUGUACGAACGGACUUGACUCGGCCACUAACCAGGCCUCUCCGUGCCAGGGCGACAGUGGCGCACCGCUGACCGUCACCGACGCCGACGGAAUCACCACCCAGAUUGGCGUCUUUUCGUUCCAUUCGAUUCUCGGAUGCGACAGCGGCCGUGCUGCUGUAUUUACUCGCAUGUCCGCAUAUCUGGACUGGAUCGCAGCGAACUCCGAUGUUGUGAUUCGUGACGAUUUCUAAGCGGUUGAUUGGUUCUUACGCAGUAAUAUAUUGUAAUCUUACUUUUUA